AUGGAGGCAGCGGGGCGGCGCGGCCGGGCCGAGGGGCGCCCCGCCUGGGGGGUGCUGCUCCCCGCUUUCGUCCUCCUCCUCCUCCUCCUCCUGGCAGGUCAGCGGGGCCGGGCGGAAGAUUGUCUGGCUCAGUGUGAUAAUGACUGCAAAGCUUACUGCUGUGAUGGGACUACUCCCUACUGCUGUUCAUAUUAUGCCUACAUUGGGAAUGUCCUUUCAGGCACGGCAAUAGCUGGAAUUGUUUUUGGUAUAGUAUUUAUAAUGGGAGUGAUUGCCGGGAUUGCCAUCUGUAUCUGCAUGUGCAUGAAGAACAACCGUGGGACUCGAGUAGGGGUCAUCAGAACUACGCACAUCAACACUAUCAGCACGUACCCAGUGGCUCCACCACCGUACAGUUACGAAUACGAAAUGGAGUACCCAGCUGACCUACCUCCACCUUAUACUCCAACCCCACAGACUUCGAUACAGUAUCCCCCACCCCCUCCAUACCCUGGAUAUUCAGGGAAAUAAUUACAUGGCUUCACACGGAUAAUUAACUGCCUGUUGAAACAGCCAGCACCGUUGGGACAAGUAUUACCAGCUCAGGGACAAAUAGGAUGGGGUGUGCAUCAACACAUAUGGCCAGGUGUUGAGAUGACCUGGGAGGGUUGCCAUGGCUCAGGAUGAAGAAAAGUACUGUCCACUCCGGACCAUCACGUUGCAUGAUUAAACAAUGCAUGACCAAAGAAACAGUUUCUGUAAGUUAGUGCCUGACGAGUGGUGCUUAGCGUCAGUGCUUAGCUUCAGCUGCAGCCCGUUGCAGUGCGUGGGAGCGGGGGUCUUCCCAUGUAAGAACAUGCAAGUGGUGCAAAUGGUUCAACAAGCUGUUUCGAAAGCACAAGGGGCAGCUGCUGGAGCUUAGGCUGGGAGAAAACUCCAACUGUUGUCUUCAAGUAUGUGUUAUGCCUUUCCUUGAAAGGAGGGGAAUAAGGAAGAACAAGGAAGACAAGCUAUUCUCCGUUUCUACUUCAGGCUGAUAAUACCCAAUGAUCAGCUGUGCAUAUUGGUCUGAUAAGCAUAUUACAAAGAGAAGCGCUGUCAGAAUUAUUCAGUAACCAAAAAAUGAUGGAUAUUGGUUUUGGCCAAGUGCAGCUUGUUUUAAGUGCCUACUUUUAAACAGUUUGAGACUAGUUUGUGGCCUAAAAUGUAAACAUAAAGACCAUUUUUGUAUGUGAAAUACACUAAUUUAUAGCUGAUUUACUUUUACCUGGACUUAAACACUGUAUACAUUGGAAAUAUGCUAAAUGCCUUUUUUAUCAGCAAAUGAUACUCUGAUGUUUUUAAAAAAGUACUGAAUCAGGGAAACUCACAAGUGGGAGAAGAAAUACAAACCAAAUAUUAAAACAUCAUAGAUUUGUCUCAAUUGGAUUGCGUAAAGACUAUUUUUUUUUUAAUCAUAUUGUUUACCAGUAAUAACAAUAUUCAGCCUAGCCAAAGAGAUAAGCAUAGAGACUGUGAGCAUCAGAUUACUUUUGAAUGUUGUCUUGGGCAUUUUAAAACUGUAAGUCACCAAAUAAUACUUUUUGCAUGUCACACAUAUUGUUCAAAAUCACUUAAUCUCUGCUAUAUAAAGUACAGACCUUUAUGAUUUAAAAUGUUCCAUAUACUUAUGGGGCUAACUGUAAUUCAGCAGCAGCUGUUUGACUUCAGAAUAGAGUAUCCCAUUACCUAAAGCAUCAUCCUUCAACGGUAAGACUAGUAUUUUUCUGUUUUAUAUGUGAACCACAAAGACAGUGGUUCUCUUUGGGGAUUUAAAAGUGCUGAACGCCCUUGGUUUGAGUUGGGUGGCUGGGCAUUUUGAGAAUGCUACAGCCAAAGUAGCGGAAGGUGACAAAAAUACGGCACCUAGAGUUCGGGACAGCUGUGGCAUCAGCUCCAUUUUGGAGGGAGAGACUGCAGGUUACCACUGAUUCCCGGACAUCAGAAUGCAUUUAAAAGUUUUCCAGUGUAGCCCUCAUCUUCUUUUCAGGUGUAUCAAUGUAUUAAUGAAUAAAAAAGCAGCUUGCAAAAGAUGGUACCGUAUCCCAGUGAAGUCAACUGGCAGCCUCUCAUCACCCCCUAAGUCUGAUAUUUUUGGCAUUCAGUCCUGAUUCAGGGAAGAACUCAAGCAACCUUAUAACUUUGAGCACAGAAGUUAUUCAGAGGCUUUCUUGUAAACAAGACCUUAUUGGCUGUUCUUGCUCAGAUUUUGUAGUUGUAUUUGUCCUUUCCAGGCUGACUAAGCUUAUCCUCUUGGAACCCCACUUGCAAGCGCAAAAGGCCUCAGUUCUCGCCAAUGUAAGUUCAGAAGAUCUGUGUUGUGGCCCUUGGCCAAACUGAGCCUUGAGUCACAGGCCCAUUAGCUACCUAGGCAUUUGUAACCCUGUCAGAGAAAAACUGAGCUGCGUCACAGGUUUUGAUUGCU